AUGCUCCCUAGUGGAGAUGCCGAAGGCCACGGGGCAUCCGUCGACAUCGUCGACCCUGAUGCAUCCCCCUCUCGCGUCCCGGCCGAGGAUGACGGCUCGCUGUUGCGACGACUGAGCACGACCGAUAACGCACUUUCUGCGUCAUCGCCAUCAGUCCAUCGCAGCAGUAGCAGCAGCCCGCCCGAGGGAGCUCAGCUUGACCUGACGAGGCAAUCCAUUGCAGCUUCCAAGGUCUCCUCCUCGCGACCUACGCCGCGCCGUUCUCUUGCGGAUCUACCCAAUGAGGUUCUGACCCACAUUCUCUCCCACCUCCCGCCUUCAUCUCUGACGGCCAUUACGCUCGUGUCUCGUCGCUUUCAUACACUGGUGACGACCCCUCAUGCCUGGAGGAUCGCUUUCUCCCGCUAUUUCCCGGGGCCGUAUAGCCUUUACAAGAACCAGGCUGCUGCCGCGUCGUCGGAUCAUCUCAUCUCGGACAAACGAGCCUUUACCAGGUUGACGGCGCUGGCCUCUUGGCGAAGCGAAUAUAUCUUGAGGACGCGCCUGCUCCGGUCCUUGUCUAGAGGCAAGCCGGCCCAGCCUCCGUCUCCGGGAAAGCAUGGCUCCUCCCGUGCGAGCGGUAUUCAGAACGGCUCCCCUGUGACGACGUAUACCUCCCGUCUCAUUUACCCAGUCACUCAUCUCGAUGCAUUAUUUCCAACAGGUGCAACGGGAAAACCGCCCCUCUUCAUCCAUGGCGCGGCGGAGCAGGGGGCUGCCACCACGAGUGAUCCCACCACCGGCAAGACGGGCAGCUGGGGGUUGUCAGGCCAGCAGGCCUUCCAGCACUUUGCCGAUCUCUUCCCCGGUGAGGCCGAAUAUGGGCUGGGCUCUGGUGAUAUGGUUGGACUUCCCAAUUCAAUGGAUGUCAGCCAGCCCUAUGGGAUGGUCUACGGUGAAGGAUGCCCGCGAGGCCGGUGUUAUUUUAUCGCCUCCGGUGAGCAACGAGGACGCUUCCUGAGCGUCUCUGAGUUGGAAUCGGAACCCCAUCUGGGCAUUCCCGCUAUCAAUGUGAUCACCACAGCUAUCAGUUCCGUCUGGAUUGCCAAAUCACCCAAUGUCAUCAAAAUGACCAACGGAUUGGUUGGCAUCCUGACCGGUUCAUCCUCCGGUAUCUUGACAGCUUAUUCCCUGGGAACGAGUCCUUCCCACGAUCGCCGGUUUGAGCGGGGCCAGGUAACCGCGAAAUGGGUGCUCAGUCCCGGGGUACCCAUUAUCGCCAUCGCAGUGGACGAGAACUUCUCUGCUAAGCGUUAUUCGCAGCGUCGUAUCUGGGCGGCCGUGUUGAAUGCGCUUGGUGAGGUGUACUAUCUGACUGAAAUUCCGGUACAACCAGAGGUACCUGCUAAGCCCAAUGCGCAGCAGCUCGAAAGGCUGGCUUGGAAAACCGGUAGGAGUGUCCGUUGGGAACUCAUCGAGGCGACUAGGCGCGUCGCUCGGCCAGAUCCAUUUAAUCAGCAGCUGGUCGAUGGCAGCUACAGCCCACGGUCGUCAUCCGACUCGAUGGGUCUGAAUGAGGACCAGAUAGCCGCUGAGACAAGAGAGAUCGAAAAGUUUCUCGCGUUUAAGCCUAAACAUUUCCGCAAAGUUUGCGAAGGUUGGGAUAUGCAGCGACAAUUCAAAGUUGACUUUGCGGGCGACGACCUUAAUGGUGCUGGCGAAUCUGUCAUUAUCCUGAAUUGCGGCGUUAGUGAGGGCCAAGGAGCGUCCAUACGCCGUUUUACAAGACAGAAGGUCCGAGUCGAGCGUCCCUUGACAUCUGAACCAUGCUCUGGUGUUCAUGGGCCCAAACCGACCAGUUCUCUCUUUGGCGGCCCCAGUACCCCGGAGCCUCGAUCAAGGGCUUCUAGCCAUCUGAGUGACAAUGUAUCCUCUGUCGUCAACACAGAAUGGCGGGUUUCGGAAUUUGUUUUCGACGGACCAAAGUCGAUUAAGUUGACAGCGAGCGCGCUGGACCAGUCCACGUACGCUCAACUUACCGUCUCGGAAGACCCUCUUCUUGGCAUGUCUGGAGCUUCAACUGCCUCUUCACCCCUGUCUUCGCCUUUGCCGCAUAUGGGUUCACCGUCCUCCGUAUCUGAAAUUCCCGGUCAACGUGCUCGGUUCCUGGCUGCUGGGACGGCUACUGGCACAGUGUAUGUGUGGGAUGUACGGGCACCUACUUCCCGUACUCCUGACGUGAUCAAUCAGGUUUCCCCUCUCCGCGUGAUCCGCACCGACUCUCCGCAGAUUUCGUGUCUUGCCUUGACCUCGUUGUAUAUGGUGCAUGGUGGAAACGAUGGUCUCGUGCAGGCUUGGGAUCCGCUCGCAUCGUCUUCGCGGCCGAUCCGCACGCUAAACUCACGCUUCUCGUCUCGUGCUCGUCGUCGCCUGAUCCAGGCAGAGGCCUCCCUUCUCGGGGUAGGCAACAACUACUUCGCGGCGGGUGCCAUCUGUCUCGACCCGGAUCCCACCGUUCUGAGAGGCAUGGUCUCACUGGGAACCCAUGUGCGGUAUUGGUCUUACAGCUCUUCUGCUGCCGAUGAGUAUAAGAGCAGCAAGCGCCGUGUCCGGCGAUCACAGCGUGGCAGUAAUGGCUCUCCCGAAGGUCAGCGGUUUAGCAGCUCUGGUCGCGGAGCAUUGAGAGAUUACAUCGCUGAUGAGCAGAUGGAACUGGAGAGGCAAAAGAUUGCGGAGCAAAAGGAGAGGGAGCGUCUGAGAGGACGCUUUGGCAUCGACUUAUUGGGACCAGAUGCCACGGAGGAAGAGCUCAUCGCUUAUGCGCAGAUGUUGAGCGAAGAAUCGUAUAACAAUGACGAACUGAAACGGAGAGAGGGCGAGGGGAGCGUUUUUGCCAGCAGCGUGUCGAGUGACACUAUUGCUGCGCAAGACAGCUCAUUCCCUCCGCGUGAAUUUUCGUCUUCGUCGUCACCGGUGCUUGAUACGGUGGAAGAAGAACUCGCUCCGGAUAUUGCGGAAGCGAUUCGACUGAGCCUGCUUGAUGAGAAUCCGGGCUCAUUCGACUCUCCUUCCCCCACCAACUCGAUUCCCAUCAAGUAUGCAAAGGGUGCUAAGAUCAACCGGCGCCGGUCGUCGAAUUCAUAUCCGGCAACCCCCUGCCCGGUGGCAGAGAGCAGCACUCGCCAGGAAGAAGAUGAUUUGGAAUUUGCCAUACAACUAAGUCUGGCGGAGGAGCAGAGCCGGAAAGAGGCGAUUGCUGCACAAGAAGAAGAGUUCCCGGCGCUGAUGCCUCCGUCGACGCCGCCUCAUCUUAGUAGGAUGGACAAAGGCAAAGGGAAAGCGAGAGCUUUUUGA